CCCGCGAAGUUUGAAUCCGCUGGCGGUGGAGGGCACACGGGCUGCCAGGGUCGGUUGUGUUCCACAAAACCUGGGUUCUGCAGAAGCCUAGAUUGUGGAGGAGCUCCCCGCGGAGACAAGGGGGUUGGAUUUCGCGGAGAGCAGUGCUGUGUCUCAGUGCUGCGCGCCGAGUUGCGUCGCUGAGCUCCUGAGAUGGUCAGAGAGAACGCCAGAAGGGGUUUGUUGCACCGACACGAACAGCCUGCACUUGACCCAAUCGCUGUGGCCUCCUGAGAACAGGCCGAUAUGCCCAAGAUAGUCUUGAAUGGUGUGACGGUGGAUUUCCCUUUCCAGCCUUACCAGUGCCAGCGGGAGUACAUGAGCAAGGUUCUGGAAUGUUUGCAGAAGAAAGUGAACGGCCUCUUGGAGAGCCCUACAGGCACAGGGAAGACACUCUGCCUCCUCUGCACCACGCUAGCCUGGCGGGAACAUCUCCGGGACUCUGUCUCUGCCCGCAAGAUUGCUGAGAGAGCACAAGGAGGGCUUUUUCCUGAUCUGGGCUUGCCAUCCUGGGGGAGUACCGCUGUUCCUGAUGGAGACCCCAUAGCUUGCUACACAGAUGUCCCGAAGAUCAUCUAUGCUUCCAGGACCCACUCGCAGCUCACACAGGUGAUCAGCGAGCUUCGGAACACUGCCUACCGGCCCAGGGUGUGUGUGCUGGGCUCUCGGGAACAGCUGUGCAUUCACCCAGAGGUGAAGAAGCAGGAGAGUAACCACAUGCAGAUCCACUUGUGUCGAAAGAAGGUGGCAAGUCGUUCCUGUCAUUUUUACAACAAUGUUGAAGAAAAAAGCAUGGAACAGGAGCUGGUUACCCCUAUACUGGACAUUGAGGACCUGGUCAAGAGAGGAAGCAAGCACAAAGUGUGCCCCUACUACCUUUCUCGGAACCUGAAGCAGCAAGCUGACCUCAUCUUUAUGCCAUACAAUUACUUGCUGGAUGCCAAGAGCCGCAAAGCACACAACAUUGACCUGAAGGGGACUGUCGUGAUUUUUGAUGAAGCUCACAACGUGGAGAAGAUGUGUGAGGAGUCAGCUUCCUUUGACUUGACGCCCCGGGAUGUGGCUUCAGGACUGGAUGCCAUCAACCAAGUUCUGGAGGAACAGACCAGAGUGGCCCAGCAGAGUGAACUUCAGCUGGAGUUCAGCAUGGACCCCACCAGCUCAGGACUGAACAUGCAGCUGGAGGACCUCGCAAAGCUCAAGUUGAUCCUUCUUCGCCUGGAGGGUGCCAUUGAUGCUGUCCAGCUGCCUGGAGAUGGCACUGGUGUCACCAGGCCAGGAAGCUUUAUCUUCAACCUGUUUGCCGAAGCCCAGAUAACAUUUCAAUCCCAGGCCUGCAUCCUGGAGUCAUUGGACCAGAUCAUCCAGCACUUGGCAGGGCGUGCUGGAGUGUUCACCAGUACGGCUGGGUUGCAGAAGCUCAUGGACAUCAUCCAGAUCGUGUUCAGUUUGGAUCCCGCUGAGGGCAGCCCAGGACUCUCACAGUCCUACAAGGUGCAUAUACACCCUGACACUGGACCCUGGAGGGCAGCUCAGCACUCCGAUGCCUGGAGCUCCACUGCGUCUAGAAAGCAAGGGAAGGUGCUGAGCUACUGGUGCUUCAGCCCGGGCCACAGCAUGCGGGAGCUGCUCUGCCAGGGUGUGCGUACCCUCAUCCUCACCAGUGGCACCUUGGCCCCCCUGUCCUCCUUUGCCCUGGAGAUGCAGAUCCCCUUCCCAGUUUGCUUGGAGAACCCACACGUCAUCGACCAGCACCAGCUCUGGGUGGGGGUUAUCCCCAGAGGCCCUGAUGGAACUGAGCUGAGCUCUGCAUUCGAUAAGCGGUUUUCUGAAGAGUGUCUAUCCUCCCUGGGGAAGACCCUGGGCAACAUUGCCCGCGUGGUACCUCAUGGGCUGCUGGUCUUCUUCCCUUCCUACCCUGUCAUGGAGAAAAGCCUGGAGUUCUGGCGGGCCCGAGACUUGGCCAGGAAGAUGGAGUCACUGAAGCCUCUGUUUGUGGAGCCCAGAAGCAAAGUCAGCUUCUCAGAGGUCAUCGAAGGGUAUUAUCAACGGGUCAACUCCCCUGGGUCCAGUGGGGCCACCUUCUUAGCAGUGUGCCGUGGCAAGGCCAGUGAGGGGCUGGACUUCUCAGACACAAAUGGCCGUGGUGUGAUUAUCACGGGUCUCCCAUACCCACCACGUAUGGACCCCCGGGUUGUCCUCAAGAUGCAGUUCCUGGAUGAGAUGAGGGGCCAGAGCCAAGCCCGAGGUCAGUUCCUCUCAGGGCAAGAAUGGUACCGGCAACAGGCAUCCAGGGCUGUGAACCAGGCCAUUGGGCGAGUCAUCAGGCACUGCCAUGACUAUGGGGCCAUCUUCCUGUGUGACCACAGGUUCGCCAAUGCAGAUGCCAAAGCCCAGCUGCCCUCGUGGGUGCGCCCCUACCUCAAGGUGUAUGACAACUUCGGCCAUGUUAUCCGUGAUGUAGCCCAGUUCUUCCGAAUUGCUCAGAAAACUAUGCCUGCUCCCGUCCCCAAGGCUCUGGCCCCAGGCAUGAGUGAGAGAGAAGCUGCUUCCCAGAUGGCCGCAUCCCCUGGAUCCCUCCUGUCCACCAGAAAAGCCACAAGUCUAGAUGUACAUGUGCCCAGCCUGAGGCGGGAGCCAGGACGGCUGGCUGCGGAGGACCCCGAGCACAACUUGUGUGUGGAGUAUGAGCAGGCGGUGGGCCCUGCACGGCCAAGGCCUGUGGGGCUGCUGGCUGCCCUGGAGCACAGCGAGCAGAAGACCGGUGUACCCGAGGAUGAGGCCCACUCUGGGAAGAAGGCACUUGGUUAUUCUACUCUGUCCCUUCAGUGUGAGAAGAGACUGGCUGACGAGCAGAGAGGAGGAAGGAAGAAGGUCAGGCUGGUCACCCGCCGGGAGGAGACAGUAGCUGGUACACAAGAAGAACGAGCGAAGCUGUUCAUGGUGGCUGUGAAGCAGACACUGAGCCAAGCCAGUUUUGAUACUUUUACCCAGGCCCUAAAGGUCUACAAGAGUUCCGAUGACUUCAAGGCACUGGUGGCCUGCCUGAGCUGCCUCUUUGGUGACGACCCCAAGAAGCACACUCUGUUCCAAGGCUUCUACCAGUUUGUGCGGCCACACCACAAACAGCAGUUUGAGGACAUCUGCAUUCAGCUCACUGGUCAAGGCUGCAGCAGCCAGGCAGAGCCUGGCCUUCCUCACAGGCAGCAGGCAGUGCCAGCCCUGGACCCCAGUGGCCCUCAGGAGCAUGUUUCUUCAGGAAAGAGGGAUUCUGAGCCCAAGCUGACCCAGUCCAAGGAGGUGGCCAGGCAGCUCGAUCCUGCAGUGCACCUGAACCAGGGUGGGCCUCACCUGUCCACCAGGCCACCUCCCACAGGAUGCACCCCCAGCCAUCCAGAAGUGCGAUCCAGAGUAGACAAGCACGGCCAGUCUGCCGUGAGUGCCUACCUGGCAGACGUCCGCAAGGCCCUGGGGUCUGCAGGCUACAGCCAGCUCUUGGCAGCACUGAAGGCAUACAAACAGGAUGACAACCUCAACCAGGUGUUAGCUGUGUUGGCUGCACUGACCACUGCAAGGCCCGAGGACCUACCCUUGUUGCAAAGAUUCAGCAUGUUCAUACGUCCCCACCACAAGCAGUGCUUCCUGAAGACCUGUGCAGACCUGAUAGGCCUGCCUGCCUCAGACAAAGAACCCCUGGGCCCCCAGGAGAGCCCCACCAGGCCUCUGGAGCUCGCCAGUGCAGCUCAACCAGGCCCCUCACAGUCACAGAGGACCAGAAAGACGCAGAGCACGAUCUUCUCCUUCCUCAAACAGAUUCCAGAAGAGCAUGAGGAGCCUAGCUUGCCCCCUGGGCUUCCUGUCCAUGCAGGCUUCUUGUGCCCAGGCUGCAGGGCAGAGAACACAGUGACCUUCCAGUGCCCCUCCUGUGACUUGCACCGCUGCCAGGCCUGCUGGCAACAGUACCUCCAGCAGUCUAGGACCUGUCCAGCCUGCUUUGCUGCCAUCAGGAAGCAGAGCCUCACACAGGUCUUCUGGCCGCAGCUCCAGUGAGCAUCCCCUGAGACUCCAGGCCCUGAGCAUGGCUCCACACCGGCCUGUCCAGCCCUGUUGUGAGCCAUGAGCCUCCUUCCACAUCCCAGCUGGGAGGCUAGUCUGGUUCUGACAGGCCCAUUGCUGGCUUCAGAAGGUGGGAGCCAUGAUGGAACUUAAGGCUGCCCCAGAGAAACCCCGAAGCCUGGGUGGGUCACCUAGAUGUCUUUCCAGAGAUUGCCCUCUUGCUGGAUUGUGAAAGCUGUUUGAUCUGUGUGCCUGCUCCCUUAAAGGCAGGAUAUAAUAAAAACUGGCAGUA